AUGCAGUGCUUCAUCACGGCGUACGAGGCCAUGAUCUCCGAGAAGUCGCUCGCCGGUGCUAAAGAAGAGAACCGCCGAGGCUGUCUCCUGGUACAGGAACACAACGUGGUACUCGGCCUCCUCUGGCAGCAGCAACAACAAUGCAAUCCUGGUUCAGACGGGAUACCCGGAGCAUGCUGGCUACCACAAUUUGGACCAUUACUACUCAAGAAAUUGGACUGUCCGACCCAAACUACAAGGUCCAAGGCUACUUCUUUCGGAACAUUGAACGCAAGACUGCACGCCCCUGUUAGGAGCACUUCUCCGCCGCCAGCUUAUGCGGCUGUUGACAGUCGGAACUUCUCUGCCAUUGAGGAAUGA